GCGCAUUUCAAUUUAGCAAUCGGAACUGUAGCUAGGCUUCAAGGAAGUAGGCUUACUGAUUUCACAUCAAAAUGAUAAAAUUUCUACCUAAACUGCUUUUGCUAGUAUUACUAGCUUUCCCGGCAACGAUUAUCAUGAAAGGUGAGUCUGUCGAACUGGAAUUAGGUUGACUAGCUGAAGUGAAACAGCCUUGGCAAUUACAGUUAAGCUAACGUUAGCUAACUAACGUUAGCUUUAUGGAAGGCCACUGACACUGUCCCAUGCGCAUUUUGAUAUGUGUAAAAGGAUUUUCUGUUAGUACGACAUUGUAGCUACUGUCCUUCUCAAAUAAUAGUUUUAUUGGUGUCGAUACUGGCUACACGUUUUAGUACCUAUUCAUUACAAAUGUAAUUUAAUAGUGAGUCUUGCUUAGUCAAAAGUGGUAACUACAGUAGCUAGACUGACGUGUCCUUACCAGCUUGCUCCUAGCUGUCAUUCAUGUAGCCAGCUAACGUUAACUAGGUUGCUAAAUAAGUUGCUAACUGUUAGCUAAGAUUUGCAACAUGUUAAUUAUUUAUGCAUAGUCACUUUAACUCUACCCACAUGUACAUAUUACUUCAACUACCUCACCCCCCUGUAUAUAUAGCCUCCCUACUGUUAUUUUAUUUUACUUCUGCUCUUUUUUUCUCAACUCUUUUUUGUUGUUUUAUUUUACUUUUUUAUUAAAAAUAAAUGCACUGUUGGUUAAGGGCUGUAAGUAAGCAUUUCACUGUAAUGUCUGCACCUGUUGUAUUCGGUGCAUGUGGCCAAUAAAAUUGGAUUUGAUUUGAACAUAGGGUCGUGCAUUAUCAUGCUGAAACAUGAGGUGAUUGCGGCAGAUGAAUGGCACGACAAUGGGCCUCAGGAUCUCGUUACGGUAUCUCUGUGUAUUCAAAUUGCCAUCGAUAAAAUGCAAUUGUGUUCGUUGUCCAUAGCUUAUGCCUGCCCAUACCAUAACCCUAUUGCCAUCAUGGGGAACUCUGUUUACAACGUUGACAUCAGCACACUGCUCGCCCACACAACACCAUACACGUGAUCUGUGGUUGUGAGGCCGUUUGGACAUACUACCAAAUUCUCUUAAAAUAACGUUGGAGGCGGCUUAUGGUAGAGAAAUUAACAUUAAAUUCUCUGGCAACAGCUCUGGUGGACAUUCCUGAAGUCAAAUGCCAAUUGCACACUCCCUCAACUUGAGACAAAAUGUGGCGUUGUGUGACACAACUGCACAUUUUAGAGUAGCCUUUUAUUGUCCCCAGCGCAAGGUGCACCUUUGUAAUGAUCAUGCUGUUUAAUCAGCUUAUUGAUAUGCCACUCCUGACAGGUGGAUGGAUUAUCUUGGCAAAGGAGAAAUGCUCACUAACAGGGAUGUAAACCAAUUUGUGCACACAAUUUGAGAAGAUUUUAGUGCGUUUGGAGAAUUUCUGUGAUCUUUUAUUUCAGCUCAUGAAACAUGUGACAACACUUUACAUGUUGCGUUUGUUUUGUUCAGUAUAUUAAUAAAGUCUGAUUUAAUCAACAAAUACGAUAGUCAAUUUAAAAAGGUUAAAGGUACAAGACUGUGUACAUAUCUGGCUAUGUUGGCAAAACCACUAUAUAUCCCAUCGAGCCAAGAAGGGAGAGGCUGCCCAUUUUCACGGUUCCAAGACCAGUCAGAAACGCCCAGCUAACCCUACGCCAAUGACGCCGGUGGAUCUCAAAACUGAAUUUAAGUAGCAAUGAUAUCCUUCGCCACCUUUGUCUGACGACAAGACAGAUUGCUCGAACCAGUCAUGACUAUUCAACAAAACAAAUAAUUUUCAAGUGUCUUUCUAGCAAAUGUCUUAGUUACAUGAUUGUAUAACUAGCAAAGGAGUUUUGAUGUUGAGGGUGCAGUGUUUAUGAAGUUUGGCAAUGAGGACGAAAAACUAGCGUAGUUCAGCUAGCCAGCUAGUUUAGCCAGGGAAAACAAACUCGGACAGAAUAUAGCUGGGCGCACAUGCACACUAGGCUAAUUCAGGACACAGAUGAUUGUUUUUAUGCCCUGACAUCAGGAGCUGGCGGCAAAGUUUUGAUUAAACAAUUCAGACUGAAACUAAUACAUCAGGUGACAAAUAUUUAAGGAGAGCUAAUCGGUAUACAAUCCCGAAAUCAAAUGUAACUGUCAAUAGUAAAACAAAGCUUAAACUGAUGUUUUGAGUGAACCUGAAUCCAGAAAAUGUAUGGUGAAAUUGCUUCUGGACACUGUAGACUCCUCUUCUUCACCAUUCUAUGCUUAGCCUUAAUCUCCUGUCACUCAAUUCACAUCAAAAACCAUGAUUUCAACAGGGGACAAGGAGCCUCAGAGAUCUUGGCCACAGAAGCCCUCUAUUUUUGGCAAAGCCUAGCAUUCAUAUUUGUUGUCCGGACAUUGUAGCCAGCAGUGUUUUGCUUGAGUGGUUUAACGAUAGAAGCUUGCGAUAUGAAAGAGUCAUUUGAUAAUUCAAUGACUUUUGCUAUGCCUAGGGCCUGUGACUAAAAUGAAUACAAGAUUUGUUCAACCUCAGUUUUAAUCCCUUGAUAAGAUAGUAGCUAUGUAGCUAAGCGCCCUUGCUGCAGCCAUGGUAGGUCUGUGAUUUGAACACAAUAAUAAUAAUAAUAAUAAUAAUAGGUUUCAUUUUGACUCCUUGACUUCUCUACUAACUCAAGUUAGUUUUCACAAAAUUAGAUUUCGUGAGAUUUAAGUCAGAUGUAUUUCCUUACAAUCAAUGCAGGGCCAUUGGUAGCAGCCCAGGAUGCUACUGAGGACGAGGAGGCAGCUGAUGAAGAUGAUGUUGACGUGAACGCAGAGGAUGAGGAUGACGAGGCAGAAGUUGAAGAUGAUGAAAAUACGGAAUUGGUAAGAGAUUAGGCUACUUUUGUCUGCCUCCCUAGUUUCUAAUCUGUCCUGAGGCUUUUUUUGUAAAACAAAAUAUCGGAACGUCUCCUUUGUAUAUUUUAGACGGAAGAAAAAGAGGAAGAGGAGGAAGAAGCCAUAGGAGGAGAUGUGAAAGCCUCCCCCAAUGCUGACACCACCAUCCUCUUCGUCAAAGGAGAUGGUAGGAGUACGGGCACAGACUAGGGCUCGUCUCAACCUAUCUGCAUGUUGAAUUUUACACUUAAUUUCCUCAUGAUUGUUUUGAACUGCUUGUUUUCACUUCAAUUCUAGGACUAUGACUUGUAUUUGUAGAUGGAUUGACUUAGCUACGAUGCUUAGGAUAUAAUAUGUUGUUUCAACCUCCUUAUUUGAGUGCAUUUAUUGCACGUUGCACUGAACAAAGGUAUGCUCAAUUACUUGAAUGAAAAGGAAUUAAUCUUAUUCUGAUAAGCCUUCAAAUUCACCAUAAAGCCACCACUCCUACUCUUCUGUUGCUCUUUCUCCUGGCUUUUGCCGUCAGACUUCCCAGCCAACGACAUUGUGAAGUUCCUGAUGGGCUUCACCAACAAAGGCAGCGACAACUUUGUGGUGGAGUCGCUGGAUGCAUCCUUCCGCUACCCUCAGGACUUCCAGUUCUACAUCCAGAACUUCACAGCCCUGCAGCUGGGCAUAGUGGUGCCUGCCGGGCGCCAGGCCACAUUCGAGUACUCUUUCAUCCCUGCCGAGCCCAUGGGCGGGCGCCCCUUCGGCCUGGUUAUCAACCUCAACUACAAGGACAGCAACGUAAGUCAGCCAUUUUGUGGUAGUCUUUUUCACAAAUGAUUGCAUAUCAUUGGUGUCGUUUUUCAGUUUCCCAUCUCUUGGCAAGUGUUGAGAUAUUUACAUUUACAUUUUAGUCAUUUAGCAGACGCUCUUAUCCAGAGCGACUUACUGUUAGUGAAUACAUAUUUUUUUAUACUGCCCCCCCGUGGGAAUCGAACCCACAACCCUGGCGUUGCAAACGCCAUGCUCUAUCAACUGAGCUACAUCCCUGAGAUAUAACAACAUCUAGCUGCAAAGCUUCUUUCAUUAAUGUUAUAUUAGGAAAUUAUAGUGGAAAUUAUUUUAACUCGUGGUGUGUGGCUGAAGUCUGAGGUUGCACUUUUAAUGAAGCCGGAAAAGAUGAAGGAUAGUUCACCAGCUGGAGGUGAUAUCUGAGCCUCUCCCUUGCACCUCUCUCUCUCAGGGUAACUUGUUCCAGGAUGCUGUAUUCAACCAGACAGUGACCAUCACAGAGAGAGAGGACGGACUGGACGGAGAGACGUAAGUGAGACCAGAUGGACUAGCCCUGUGUUGGAAGACAUUCAGAAGGGCUAAAUGAAACCACUCUAUUGGGAAUGGCUGCCAAACAAACAGCCGCCACACCAGGUGUGUCUUAACUCUUCGCUCUCUUCUGUAUCUCUAGGAUCUUCAUGUAUGUGUUCCUGUCUGGUCUGGGCCUGCUGGUGGUGGUAGGCCUUCAUCAACUGCUGGAGUCCAGAAAGGUAAAGCUACAAAGCCCAUGCCAAUGAAUGCAGAAGAAAAAUAAUGAAUUAAAGCUGCAAUAUGUAACUUUUUGGGCGACCUGACCAAAUUCAGAUAGAAAUGAGUUGUAGUUCUGUCAUUCUCAUUGAAAGCAUCUCUAAGAAGCGGUAGAUCUGUUCUUUGUGCACUUUUUCUAUGCUUCCCGUUCUUAAGUUUCGUUUUUGCGUCUUUUACUUUUGUUUUGUACACCAGCUGAAAAUACAAUAUUUUUGGUUAUGGACAAUAUAUUUCACAGUGGUUUAGAUGAUACAAUGAUUCUCUACACUAUACUUUCUUUUUUUUUGUCACUAACUGAAAUUAGGUGAACUAUUAGAAUUUUAGCAACCAGGAAGUGGCGGAGUGAUUUCUGCGUAGUGCACCUUUAAGCAUAUUAUUCCUUUGUUUAUGUGUGUGGUUUCCUCGUUUUUCCAAGAAUGAUUCGAAGACUGAAAGAUAUGUACAUUUUCGAUAGCUUUGCUGAAGCAAUUCACCAUGACAAGAUUUAUAUCGAAUGUUGGUAGAUGAGCAGUCCAGAGAAAGGAAUUAGGAGAUGCCUCUUCACAUUCAACAGUGGGAUUCUCCCAGUUCAGAUUGUCAGUUGAUGAGUCAAUGUUCUUCUUUCAGGGUGAACACAGUGAGAGUCAGAAAAGGAUUCGAGCUAGUUCCACCAUUUCUCUGAGGAACAUGGAGGUAGACAGGGAAAGAGGAGGUGCCAAUUUACAACUUUUGGCGAGUUCGGUUUCAGCUAUUUCGUUGAAAAGCAAGAAUGAGGGCAAAAUGGAUGUAUACUACUACUACGAAAGAAAAAUGACUAGAGGAACAAUGUUGAAAAGGCCAUGGGUGUGGAAGAUGGGUUUUGGGGAUUGUUUUUCAAUGUUGUUUUGAGAAAGUUCAAGUCUUUAACCCACACUAGAACAUUUCAGAAGACUGAGGGGAAAAUGCUGAAGAAGGGUUAAGGGUGUGCAAGACCAUUUUAGGGUUUGGUUUCUGUAGAAGUCUAGUGAAAGUAUAAGUUUCGUGGCUUCCUCUUUUGUUUGGUCACUUCCUCUUGUGUCCCCCACACCCUGUGCAGAGGAGGAGGCCAGCUGCCAAGGUGGAGAUGGGCACGUCCAGCCACAACGAUGUGGACAUGAGCUGGAUUCCCCAGGAGACCCUUAACCAGAUCAGUAAGUCCCCACCACACCACUCACUCACUCAACAUUAUGCUAGCUAGUAGUCACAGGGGAGCUAGCUGUUUUAUUAGCCACAGGACAUUAUGCUAGCUAGUAGCUACAGGGGAACUAGCUGUUUAUGCUAGCCAAUAACCACAGGACAUUAUGCUAGCUAGUAGCCACAGGGGAGCUAGCUGUUUUAUGCUAGCCAUUAACCGCAGGACAUUAUGCUAGCUAGUAGCCACAGGGGAGCUAGCUGUUUUAUGCUAGCCAUUAACCGCAGGACAUUAUGCUAGCUAGUAGCCACAGGGGAGCUAGCUGUUUUAUGCUAGCCAUUAACCACAGGACAUUAUGCUAGCUAGUAGCCACAGGGGAGCUAGCUGUUUUAUGCUAGCCAUUAACCACAGGACAUUAUGCUAGCUAGUAGCCACAGGGGAGCUAGCUGUUUAUGCUAGCCAUUAGCCACUGGGGAUCCAGCACCUUCAACAGCUCUGCCUAGGUUACUAACAGUGUAAAGUGAAAUAUAUGGGUAUAUCUUAGAUUGGGCUGCAUAAGUGAAUGAUAAAAAUGUUUUGAAGCUACAGUGUCAAAUUAAAUGUGUUUAAGAGCUGCUAUGCCCCGUCCUUGCUGUGGUCCUCUCUCUAUAGCCUACAUGUACCUCUAUUGUGCAAUCGCCUCUAGUUCACCACCUGCUGUCAGCUUUGUAACGUUGCAAUGUUUCCAUAGAUGCCUGUUGUCGUCUUUGGGGGUAUUUAGCUUUUCUAGAAUUCUCUCUUUUGGCUGGUGUUUCAAAACGACCUGUUCUCUCUCUGUGCAUGGGGUCAUUCACUCUUUUUUUUUCUCUCUCCCUCUCUCUUUCCUUGCGUCUUUAGUGCAGAGUCGGCGAGGUGAGGCUUCCCUUUCUCUCAGGAGUGAACGGUAGUAGAGUAGUAGUUUAGCUAAAUGUUAAGUUUGCUCUAGUUGUAGUCCUAAAGAACGCAUCUGUUUGAAUCAACAGCUAAUGUAAUUAGCAUAUUCAGAAGCACCUAUAUCUCAUUGCUUCAUGUUAGUCUCUGUUGUAGCAUCUAUGGUCACUCAGUUGGCUAUGGUCACUGACAUCAAUCCCUAGCCCCUACCCCGAGACACUCCUCAUAGGUCUGAAAGGGUCAAUUAGAUAUAGGCAAAUAUGGUGAUAGUGGUCUGGAGUUUCUACCAUAUUGCUUAAACUCAUCCGAUUCUUACAGAUCUACAAGAUGCGGCUAGGUGUUGAUUUUAGACUGUGCCUAUGCAAAAAGUAUUUGUAAGAUCUCCUCCAUAUCUGAUCCAAAGAGUCUAACAAGGACAUCAGCUGCAAACCUACCCUAAAACUCUCCUGUCGUUUCCCCAGACAAGGCUUCCCCCAGACGAUCUCCCCGCAAGCGGACACAGAAGCGCUCUGCUGGUUCGGACGAGUGAUGGGCCCCCCCGCCCAGUUCUGCCAGUGGCGCUUGACACCUGACGCACCCAUAGCACCACCCUGCGCCAAUCUUGUCAGCCGGGGAGAGGCAACAGCCUUCUUUCACCACAGAACCAAGUACCAUCCUCUUCACAAGAGGCUGGUUUCUACCGCUAAACUAGACAAUAAAUACCAAACGGACCCAUUUUUUUAUUCUGUCGAGGCGUUAUUAUCACAGAGGUGUUGUGAUGAAGAAACGGUUAAUGCAUUUUGAGUGAGUUUUUGUGAAGAUUAAAGUCCUGAAAGAUCAAGAUGGUGUGGGUGGGGA